AUGUUUGAGGCUGAGGAAGUUCAGUUCCAUGUCAAGUUUGUGAUAAAUAAGUCGAAGACGAAGGUACUAUUCGCAGAAGCUGGUAGCGAUUUCGCAGACGUGUUGCUAAGCUUCCUAGCUAUGCCAUUGCGAACGAUUGUGGAAGUCCUCGAGAAUCACUACGGAGACGAGGCCCCUGCUGUUGGUUGCUUGAACACACUCUACAAAUCUGCAAGAAAUCUAGAUAUCAUCCAUUUCCAAGAAGAGGAUGGAAUGAUCAAUUCAACACAUUUUGAUAGACAAUUGUCUAGAUUGAGAGUCUCUACUCACCCCAAAAGUGAAGCUACUUUCAUAAUCUCCGAUGAUCUCCGUGUGUUUCCUAUUGUGGAAUGCUCCAUCAUUCAAACUCUCAGAAAGAUUGGCAUUGCUGUGGAAGAUAUGGACGGCGCAGAGACAAGAAAUGUGACAUUUGGAAGAGUUGAGUGGUGUCUAGGCAGUAAUUAUGGUCUCAAUGCUAUAGAGAAUUUGCAUAGCUUUGUAGCUUGUACUUCUGAUGACAGGCUUCUGAAAUGGUCAUAUACCAAAGACAUGAUUGGAUGUCAAUCGUAUGUUAAUGGAGCGAGAAUGUUUAUGGUAAGCGAUGACUUGACUGUUGCACCGUUGGGUGUAACGGUGGGUCUUUCUGUUAUCAAUGAGCUGAAGAUCUCGUUGUCUGAUAUACAAGAAGUCGAGAUGAAGGUUGGGUUGGACGAGGCUUUGCGCAUACUAAAGGAAGCUCUUACAUCAACCACUGCUUUGACAGAUGGCCUCAUCAAGCCCUUUUUGGGGAAACAAGAACUGAAGCAGCAGUCCAAAUCAGAAUCGGAGGAGCAGAUGGAAUCGGAAUCAGAAUCGGAGGAAUGGAGCAGCAGUUCUAACUUCUAA